AUGAACCCCGCAAAGCAGGACUUCUUCCUCGAGAACCACGUUUUCAAAAGGAUGGAAAUUGAGACAGCCAGCGCAUGUGAAGUAAACUGCUUCAUGGAAGCUGACUGUGUUUCCUACAAUCUAAAACCGCAACAAAAUGGAACAAUUUUGUGUGAAUUGAGUGAUUCGGAUCACGCAAACAAUCAGCAGGAUCUAAGAUACAAAGAAGGGACUGUUUAUAAAUCAUUUAAGGUGAGUUGAAUUAUUCUCAUAUAUUUUGAAUGCAUGAAAAGAGAAAACCAAAACAAAACAAAACAAAAGAAAGAUUUGAAAUUCUUCAUGUUCACUUUCACUUUCACUUUCCAUGUUGACGGUCCGGGGAAGGAAACCAUAAGCUCAAAGGAUGGAUGGAUACAUGAACGCAUGUAUGCGUAAAUGCAUGCAUGCAUUCACAAAUGUCUGAAUUGAUGGAUGUAUGCGUGCACUUGAAAUUAAUUAAUAAAUAAAUGAGUGUAUCAGUAUGGAUGAAUUGGCUGGAAGAAGGGAGGAAACAGGGUACCAGAGCGAAAGAAUCUAUUAAUAAUUUUAUAUCUUCGCAGAACCGCUGUUCCAGUAUGCUUUGUCCAUCACCAAGGCGAUGCCAAACUGGCUUCACUCGGAAGGGUUAUCGUUGUGUUUGCGCGAAUGGACUACUGGGAGAAAACUGCACUGAAGGUAUGUUGAGUAACGAAGAGCUUUUUAAGGUAUCAGGAGGAUAAUGGAGGUUUGAGGGAGACAGCUUUGCCACAUGAUUAUGUAAGGGAUCUUAAAUGGCUUUUGUGGUCUUAAAUUUCUGGGAUGGACAAAGAAUUCUUACAGAGGACCUCUCUUGGCCUCUUGCCCAUAAUAAUCGACUGGUAAUAGGUCUGACGCUCGGAAUUUAGUGAAAUGCGUCUCUCGUUUAGCAGCACAUAAAGUUGUUUUGUUACAACUUCUUUUAUUUCAUGAAGGUUUGUACAAGAAAAAAUGAUUCGUAAUGAUUGGUGUGGCUGAAAAUUUUGCUAUCCUUUACUUUAUUUAUGUAACUGUCAUUAGUAUCUAAACCUAAUUUUCACUAAUUAGUCCUACAUGGCUUUGACCAGAAGCCUUCUUCGCUCCCCUCAUGAUCUCUUGUGCAUGCAUGUCACAAUGUCCGGAAGUACUUUACUGGUCGAGCUUUGUGUGAACAUUGACAUUGUCAUUGACAUGACUCAUGCAGCGUUUUUUUUUGUGUGCAAAAUUUAAGGUGAUUCCUCAGAAAAAAAGUUAACACAACUUUUUUUAAAAUUUCUUUUUAAAUACUCCUUACCAUUGUCUGUUUCAAGAACUACAUGAAAAAGAUAGGUCACCCUGCUUGUUUAAGAGACACGAUAGGAAAAACAUACCCGAUUUAUGCUAGCACUGGUCAUGCACGGCAUUUCAUCGGUUCAAGGUGCAUUUCGUAGUGCCUAAAAGCAAGGUUAUUUUUAAAGUAACACUUGGAAAAAAGGCCUGAUAGGUAGAAAGUCUCUCGAGCGCAUGGAAAAGUUUGAUACAUAGUCUGAGGAAAAAAACACGCAGUUUUAAACAACAUCGACUAAAAACGUUCCUUGAGUCAGUUUUUUUCAUGGUCAUGAUUUGCAUCACCGAGUAACGGGCUUAGUGCAUGGUUUAAGCUAUAUUUUUUCCUUUUAUGAAUUUUUUAAAAUUUUUCCAAUUUAAAUGGGAUAAUAUUCUCCCGAUUACGUGAUAUUUAUGUUCAGUACAGGAUGCGCAGUUCAAUACUGAGGAAUCACCUUAAAUCAAUUAGAAGGGAGGGAGGGAGGGAGCCGGGGAACCUGCAAAACACGAGUUUCUUUGAUGGGAUAAAUUCACGAGGAGGACCCUUUGCAACCUCAUGUUUACGCCAGACCUGUUGGUGAAGAUAGUCUUUAAAUAAGUCGAUUGGCAACUGGAGUUUACUGUUUAAUUAUUUCUACCUUGGGAUGGCGUUUUUUAUCAACUCUCUUAUAAAAUGAGAUGUGGCCAUAAUCGAUGCCUUAAUGUGAUUAUUUACGUUAUUCCUAUGGGUUAAUAUCAUUUUGGUAUUCUAGGACCGCCUUUGGUGCGAGUUCCCGACAUAAUUGAAACUGUGGAGGGUAGGAAUGUUACUGUAAUGUGCAACGUGACAGCUAAUCCUAAACCAGACAGGAUCAUAUGGAAAAGGUCUGAUGGGAUUCUUUCCAGCGCGAGGACUAUUGUUAGUGAAGGAAAUCUCACCAUACUGAAUAUCACUACAAAAGACAACGGCUCCUACGUAUGUACUGCGACAAACCCCAGGGGUACCAAAUCAUCGUCAGUUCUCCUUCGUGUCUAUUCAGCUCUUAAAUAUGUCAUCAAGCCUCCGUCCAAUGUGACAGUGAUGGCGAAUGAAGCUGUCAUUCUGCGUUGUUCUGCUUCAAGCGACCUGAAGCCAACUAUCCUAUGGAUGUAUAAUGAAACUUUUUCCUUACCUUCAGGGGCGUCUGUUGACUCCUUGAAUGCUUUGAUCAUUUCAUCUGCUAACAUAUCUCAUUCUGGUACCUACACUUGCAAUGCCACUGAUGCAUUCAGCUCAAUUCAAACAAGUGUCACUGUUCAUGUCAAAUACCCUGAAACAUGCUCCAAAGUAAAAGCAAACAUCAGCGACGUCAGUGGUGAUUACCUUAUCGAUCCUGACGGUGACCUUGGCGAGGAUCCAUUUCCUGUUUACUGUAACAUGACUGACAAAGGAGGCGUUGGAGUGACAGUCGUCAGUCACAACAGUGAAAAUAGAACGCAGGUGAUAGGAUACAACAGGCGUGGUGAAUAUUCCCUUGAUGUUCAUUACAGAUCUGCCAGCAUAUCUCAGUUAAAAGCUCUGACGGAAGCCUCUGAUAACUGUCAACAGUUCAUCAAAUACGAGUGUUUCCACGCCAGAUUAAAUAAAGGUGGAUUUUCAUGGUGGGUUUCACGUGACGGCCAGAACAUGACAUACUGGGGUGGAACAGACUUAAAAACUGAUGGCUGCGCAUGUGGUAUAACUGGAUCGUGCGCCGAUAACCGAUUGAAGUGUAACUGUGAUAAAAAUGAUGAAAAGUGGCGGGAAGACAGCGGUUUCCUUACCAUCAAGUCCCACCUUCCCGUCAAACAGCUAAGAUUUGGUGACACGGGAGAUGCAGAUCUCAAAGAAGAAGGAUACCACACAUUAGGAAAACUAGAGUGCUAUGGUAUGACCUAA